CCACCAAAGCUGUACGUCUCCGACAAAGAUGGUGACGACAUCAAGGGUGAUGGUUCGGAACAACACCCCUUUAAGUCCGUUACGCGUGCAUUGAAGUCGCUGAAUGGCGAGGUUCCUGCGAGUACUUGCAUCUUUGUUGACGGUACUGAGGAGCGCUGGAUGCCGAUACCGAAAACGAGGCUGAAGAAGAACCUCAAAAACUUUAAAACUGCUCAGAACAAGGCAAAGGCUGAGCCCAAACAGCCAGCUGCCGCCAAAAGCGAUGGCGUGACUGCUGCCGGGGAGGCGCUGGAAGCUCUGGUCAUAACAGAGGACAAGUCGCUUCCGGCCGCAAAACAGGCCAAAAUUCGCCAACUAAAGGAUUUAGUUGGCAAGCGCGUCAAGGUCUACGGUUGGGCGCACCAAGUCCGACGUCAGAGCAAGAAGCUGAUGUUCAUUCUGCUGCGUGAUGGUACCGGCUUUCUGCAGUGCGUGUUGACUGAUAAUUUGUGCCUCACUGCCGACGCUUUGACCCUAUCACCGGAGUCCUCGCUCUUCGUGUGCGGAAAAUUGGUGAAGGUGCCUGAAGGCCAGAACGCACCUGGCGGCAUUGAGCUACAGGCUGACUACUGGGAAUGCAUCGGAAAGGCCCCCGCUGGUGGCAUCGAGUCUAUUCUCACAAAGGAUAGCGAAGUCGAUCUCCAGCUGGAUAACAGACAUCUCAUAAUUCGAGGAAUGAAUGGCUCAAAGAUUCUGAAGAUCACCUCCAUCAUCACAGAGGCCUUCCGUGACCAUUAUCGGGAUAGAGGGACCUUAGCCUCAGACAAAUAA